UCCCCUUUGGUUGGGGGUGCUGGCAGCUAGAGGGAGGGGCAGAAGAGGAGGGGUUCAGAAGCCAGCAGCCUCUGGAGGACCAAGAUGGUGUGGAGAAGGAAGACCCCCAGAGACCUUCCCAACAGACUGGCACCCCUAUAUCUGAGCCCAGUCCUAGGGGCCCUCCUCAUGCUAAUGCUGAUGCUGAUGCUGCCCCUGGCCCUCUGCAGCCCUGGCCCUAGGGUGCCCCUCAUUGGAACCCUUAAACCUGGUGCCCAGGUCCUGCCUGAGGCAAUCCCAGGCACCCCCAAGCCCCUGAGAGGAGGUCGAGGGCCAAAGCCAGUGCUGUCACCCCUGCUACAGAGCCAGGUCCAGGCCCAGGGCAAGACUGGCCAACGGGAAAGAGGCCGAGGCCAGAAUCAGAGCCAAGGCCGUAGGAGGGCAAAGCUAGAUUGCCACCUGCGCACAGAACUGGUGAAGGUGCAUGAGCUGGGCCUGGGCCAUGACUCUGAUGAGCUGAUCCGAUUCCAGUACUGCAGCGGGGCCUGUCCAAAGGUCCGCUCCAACCAUGACAUCAGCUUGGCACACCUGCUGCGCUCCGGCCGUCUACGCUUCACUGCCCAGCCUGGGAGAGGCUCUAUGCGGGUGCUUAGCCACCCCUGCUGCCGGCCCACAGCCUACAAAGCCGUCUCCUUCAUGGACGUCAGCAACACCUGGAGGACAGUGGACAGCCUCUCUGCUGCUGCUUGUGGGUGCCUAGGCUGAGGGCCAAUGGGCCUCUCCUGGAGCCCAAAGUCAUCAGCAGCCCAUCUCCCUGGGCCUUGACCUACCUACCUGCCAGCUGGCUAGGACAGCGGGGCAGGCAGCCAGCGGAGAAGCCCUCCAAAAGGCCUGCUGGACCCUGGGAGCAGAAGAGAGGGACAGCUGCCGGGGGCCAAGCCCCCAGGCCCUUGGCAGGGCAGCCACAGAGUGCCAGAGGAGCCUGGGGAAAGGCAUUACUUGUGACCCUGGGCCACACCUAAGGCUGAGUAGAGCCAGGCCCUGGAGCAGCCUCUUGGCACCUGGGGCAGCUAUUUAUUACAUAAGUUAUUUAUUUAUGCCCCGAGGUCAGAGGAGAGAAGGCCAGUGGCUCAGGAAGGUCCAGGAGUUCUGGGAUGGUAUAAGAUCAGCCCUGAUCCCCAGUGACAUAGGAACCAGCCUCCAAGCCCUGUACAGGGCCUAGAGCACAGGGCUGGAUACAGGGACCUCCCCACUCCACUGUAGCUGAGCACCAGCUAUAGCCAAUGGGUGAGUGGGGAGGGGACAAGAAAGAAUACAGGGUUGGGAGGCCAAGUUCCUGCCCCCUCCUAGCCAUGUGACCAUAAACAAGUCCCUCUCCCUCUCUGAGCCAUAGUGUCCUCCUCUGUACAAUGGGAGUAACUGUCCAUAGCACUGCUGACCUCCCAGGGCUGCUGAGAGGCGGCCUCACUUUGUAACCUGGAAAAUGUCAGAGGAAGGUGUCCCCAAAUGAACCAAUG